GCCCCACCUUCGCACAAACCAAUAAAACAACCAAAACAGGAAAAGGUGCAUUCUCUCCCCUCCUCCCCUCAUUCCCAUCUCCACUCCAAUACAUUGAAACCCCUCCCCUCUCCCCUUCAAUCCAUCCCCCAAGCCCCCCGAACCAGAGGAGAAAGAAAGAAGGGAUACAAACAGAAUGUCGUACAAUUUCAGAAGCGAGCUCAACGUUCCUAGGCGUUUCCGUGACACCGACAACAUCUCACUGCUCACUAUGAUGGAACUAGCCCCCGCGCCGAUGGAGGACGAGGACUAUGUGACGUACUUCCCCACGCCGCCGGAGAUUCAAAGGGUGGGGACGGAUAUGAGUUCCUCGACGGGCUCGCUGCAAGGGUUGUCGAGCUCGGGGAGCUGGGGAAGUCGCUCUUCCUCGGCUUCGUCUAAAGGUGUUGUUUAUUGGCGUGAGUUCAUCCUCCCUUCCCUCCGAGGUGAUAUCGCGGUAUCAUGGGCGCUGAUUAAGUGAGUGCAGUAACCAGGACUCAAAAAUACUCUUCCUAUGCCUUCACUUCCUUCCUUGGAAUCCACGCCACGACCGCAUCCAUCACGCCAUUGAUCCUAGGCCUCGACGCGGGUGACAGCUCCCUGCUCCUUGCCAGAACAUACUACUACCAGGCAACUCCCUACAUCGAAAUGCUCCUCAUCCCCGGCUCGCUAGCACUCCACAUUGGCUCCGGCUUCGCGCUGCGUGCGUACCGGUCCUACCAGCAGCGCCAGCGAUACGGCGGUAAGCCACCAAAGUCCGUGUCGCAGUGGCGAUUGAAGAAUUUCUCGGGGGCCUCUUUGGCGGGCUACGUCAUGAUACCUUUCGUGGCACUCCACGCAGCCCUGCUGAGGGGCGUGCCCUUGUGGGUCGAUGGCGAUAGCUCCCAGAUCGGCCUGGAGUUCCUGGCACAUGGCUUUUCGAUCGGGAAAUGGGGGAAGUGGAUCGGGGCGGGGUUUUAUACUGCCAUGGUUGGGUUGGUCUCUUAUCAUGUUGUAUAUGGUGAGUUUGCCUUUUUUUUUUUUGUGGGUGGGGAGAAGGGAAGAAGAGGCAGAGUGUUUGCGGGCUAACUGUAUUUUUUGGGCGGCAGGGUGGGCAAAGUAUCUUAAGGUGAGCCCACGGAAUCGUAGGAUCACGGCUGGCACUGCUAUGAUGGUGGCCGGGGCUUGGCUGUCUGGGCUAUGCGUGGUCGUCUCGAGGUCGGGCCCUGUAAGAGGGUUUCUUGGGAGACAUCAUGACCGCCUCUACAAUGUGUUUUUCUUGGGGGCUUUGAGGGCUGAUUGAAUUGCCCCUACGAUCAUGAAUUACGAGCUAUCAUACCAUGGAGAUAUUAUGUGUGGAAAUCCACAAAUGGAACUUACGAGCAAUGCAGCAUUUUUUCUUCUUCUCGUUUCCUCUUUUCUUCUUAUCCUCAUGGUCGGCGCUACGGUCUUUUUUGAAAAUGCUUAGAUGCCAUGUGUGUAUUAUUAUAGUGUACUCGUACAGGGAGCAAUAUAGUUAAAGUACAGUUCGAGAGUUAACCCUCUCACCGCUGCUCAAUC